CGUGUGCGCGCAGUGAGCGCGUCUGGCACCAGUCUGAAGCACCUCCUCCAUCUCUCCAAUGGACGGUGGGACAGCGGUAGCGAUACUUACAGUCAGGAUUUGUGAGUAAAUCAACUCCUUUCAAGGUAAUCCAGUGCAAUUCCACUUCCAUCAGGACCAUGGCGUCAAUAGACCGACAGUACAUCAUUGUGGAGCAGCAGUUCUCUCACAAGCUGAAGGUCACCGUCCUGCGGGCGGAGAAGGUCACCAAGGGGGCCCUCGGGGAUCUGUUGGACACUCCGGAUCCUUACGUUGAGCUGUACAUUCCGACGGCCCCCGAGAGCAGGAGGAGAACCCGCCACAUCGACAACGACAUCAACCCCCAGUGGGACGAGACCUUCCACUUCAUCCUGGACCCAAACCAGCAGAACACACUCAAGUUGACCCUGAUGGAUGCCAACUAUGUAAUGGACGAAACUCUGGGCACCGCUUCAUUCGAUAUCUCCGCCAUCCAAGUCGGACAGACGGAAACCCAACACUUCCUCAUAGGCAAAGAGACCAAAGUGUUCCUGGAGAUGUCUCUGGAGGUGUGCACCAACAUGGACCUGCGCUUCAGCCUCGCGCUGUGUGACCAGGAGAAGCUGUACCGGCAGGCCCGGCGCCAGCGGGUGAUGCUGGGCAUCAAGAAGCUGCUGGACAUGGAGAAGCCCCGGUUCCUCCCCAGCUCCCCUCAGGAGGUGCCUGUGAUCGCCAUCGUGGGCUCUGGGGGGGGCUUUCGGGCCAUGGUGGGCUUCUCUGGCGUGAUGAAGGCGCUGUACGAGUCGGGGGUCCUGGACUGUGCCACUUACGUAGCUGGGCUCUCUGGGUCCACAUGGUACAUGUCCAUGCUCUACUCCCACCCAGAGUUCCCGGCCAAGGGGCCGGCGGACAUCAACCAGGAGCUGAUGCAGAGCGUGAGCAGCAACCCGCUGCGGCUGCUGCUGCCCCAGCACCUCAGCAGCUACGUCCAGGCGCUGUGGACCAAGAAGGCGGCCGGCCAGCCCGUCACCUUCACCGACAUCUUCGGCAUGCUCAUCGGGGAGACGCUGGUCCGCGGGAGGAUGGACUCCACUCUGACAGACAUGCAGCAGAAGGUGGGUGAGGCGCAGUGCCCUCUGCCCCUGUUCACCUGCCUCCACGUGAAGCCCGACGUGUCCGAGCUCAUGUUUGCAGACUGGGUGGAGUUCAGCCCCUAUGAAAUCGGCAUGGCGAAGUACGGGACCUUCAUGACCCCCGACCUGUUUGGAAGCAAGUUCUUCAUGGGGUCGGUGGUGAAGAAGUACAACGAGAACCCUCUGCACUUCCUUAUGGGUGUGUGGGGCAGUGCCUUCUCCAUCCUGUUCAACCGCGUGCUGGGGGUGAAGGACACGGCGGGUGGCAGUACCAUGGAGGAGGAGCUCGAACAGAUAAGGCCACGGCACAUCGUGGGAGAGGACAGCAUGGACAACGAAGAGGAGACGCAUAAAGGGGGCAGUGAGAACCAGCAGGCUGAAGAGGAGUUCCACCGGAACGCUCAGGACAGUUGGGGCAAGCGGAUGAUCACCUCCCUGUUCAGCGAGUCGGCCAUAUUCAACACACGAGAGGGCCGAGCUGGGAAGGUCCAUAACUUCAUGCUGGGCCUGGCCCUGAACACCAGCAUCCCCUACACUCCCUUCAACGAGUUCUUCUGCAACGGCACGGCCCCAGAGGACGAGGUGGACGCCGUCACCGACCCUGAUGAGUUUGUGCGCAUCUACGAGCCUCUGGAUGUGAAGAGCAAAAAGAUCCACGUGGUGGACAGCGGCCUGACCUACAACCUCCCCUUCCCCCUCAUCCUGCGGCCGCAGCGCGGCGUCGACCUCAUCAUCUCCUUCGACUUCUCCGCCCGGCCCAGCGACUCCAGUCCGCCCUUCAAGGAGCUCCUAUUGGCAGAGAAGUGGGCUCGGAUGAACAAGCUGCCUUUCCCCAAGAUCGACUCCAAGGUGUUUGACCGGGAGGGUCUGAAGGAAUGCUACGUGUUCAAGCCCGGGAAGGGUGAGAGGAACUGCCCCACGAUCCUCCACUUCGUCCUGGUCAACAUCAACUUCAGAGAAUUCAAGGCCCCUGGAGUUCCCAGAGAGACGGAAAAGGAGAAGGAAUAUUCAGACUUUGACAUCUUCGACGACCCGGAGACGCCGUACUCCACGUUCAACUUCCAGUACUCGAACCAGGCCUUCUCCCAGCUGCACGACCUCAUGGAGUUCAACACGCUCAACAACCUGGAAGUGAUAAAGGACGCCAUAAAGGACCGCAUCGUGCACCGGAAGGAGAGCCCAGCGAGCUGUGCCGUCUCCCUGUCCCUCGACGAGGUCCACAACAAGAAGUUCCUGAAGCGAGCUGCGCCCAAAGCCCUCUAGAGCCCCGAGGGGGGGCCUGUCGUAGGGCUGCACUUCACCAAUGCUUCUUAGAGUGUCCUGUGUUUAGUAUUUUC